UUGCGUGAAGAUGAUUCGUAUGUAGGUCCAGUAUUAGCUUAGCUAUACCGUUGUGCAGUCCAUCUUCAAGAUGUUUUCCAUACAAAUUUUCUCUUGGUUGCUCUAUUUUGUGUUCACUAGUCCCGGGGUUGUAAGGAGUACGGAUAUAUAUAGAUUUACCCAACUAGUGUACAAUGCAACAAUUCCUGAAAAUGUGGUUGGAAAGGUUUAUGUUACGUCUUCCGAGAAAAUGGGAUUAUUCAUUUCGGAUCCGCUAUUAACUGUUAACUACAAGAUCAUAGAUGGAAAUGAAAAGAAUUUUUUUAAAGCUGAGGAAGUUCGUGUUGGGAACUUUUGGUUUCUACGUAUUAGAACCAGAACUGGUAGUGACGUCCUCAAUAGGGAAAACAUUGACCAUUAUAUUUUAAAAGUCAAAGCAAUAAUUAGAAUAAAAUCAAAAUCCCGAUAUUUUAAACGAAAAACUAAAACUGAAGUGCACGUUAAAAUAUUGGAUAAAAACGACUUGAACCCGUUAUUUCCUCCUGAUGGUGAUGUGUAUCAUGUGACAGUCCCUGAGGACACUGCGCUGUACCAGACUAUUGCUAAAGUUAGUGUUUAUGAUUCAGACAUUGGUGUUAAUGGUGAGGUUUAUUUUAGUUUCAAGAAUCCCACCUUUCAGUUUGCAAUUCAUCCUACUAUGGGUACCGUGUCUUUAACCCGUUCCUUAAACUAUGAGAAGCAAAAGGAAUAUGAAUUGACCAUCAUCUCCCAGGAUCGGGGACCCAAGCCGCGCACUGGAAGAAUAAUUGGAGUUAGCUCAGCUGCCUUAAAAGUCUCUGUAACACCAGCAAAUUAUCACGCUCCUAAGAUUUUUGCAAGGCACUUCUCCACAGUGAUGGAAAACAGCAUUCCUAAUAUAUAUGCCAUAGUUCGAGUUAGUGAUACUGACAGUGGUAAUCAUGGAAAAAUAAAGGGAUUGGAAAUUUCUGAUGGUGAUCCAUAUGGGUAUUUUCAUGUCACCAGCGGUAACGCACCAAAUGAUUUCUACAUUAAGAGUUCAAGGCUUUUUGACCGAGCAAGGGACCCAACUUUUUUCAAUCUAACUCUGAAAGCCACCGAUAGAGGUACUCCUCCAAAAUCAUCCACUGAGAUCAUCUCUGUUCAGGUGACUAAUACCAAUUAUUAUCCUCCUGUGUUUGAGAAGAAUAGCUACCAUGUAGAAGUAGAAGAGGUAGCUCCAGUGAACACUCCAGUUCUGACUGUUAAAACUAACAGUGUGGUUAGGCCGACUAGAAUUAUAUACAACAUUGACAGCGGAAAUGAGCAAGAAGUAUUUAAUAUUAACCCUUUAACAGGACUGAUAGCCACUGUCAAACCGUUAGAUCGGGAAAAGAAGUCUAUGUACUCAAUUAUUAUCAGUGCUAACGAACAGAGUUUCGAAAUUAACAGAAAGAAAGGAAUCGCUACUGUAAACAUUAAGGUUUUAGACAAUAAUGACAACAACCCAGUCUUCAACUCUUCUUCAGUUGUGACUGUUCACUUUGAUGAAAACAGGCCUAUUGGAAGUGUGGUGUACACCGUUAAUGCAUUAGAUUUAGAUGAGAGAGAUAAUGGUUAUGUUUCCUAUAGUUUAGCAAACAUCAAUCCUGUCCCAUUUAGUAUUGAUCAUUUUUCGGGCCAGAUUAAGACUUCAGAUGUGCUGGAUUACGAAACAAUGAGGAGAGAAUACUUAUUGAAAGUACGUGCGUCGGACUGGGGCUCCCCAUUUGCACGUCAAUCCGAAAUUUCCGUGAGGGUUCGCUUAAGGGAUGUGAAUGAUCAUAGGCCUCAGUUUGAAAAGGUUGACUGCGAGGGAUAUGUAUCUAGGCAGGCUGCAGUGGGAACAGAGGUUCUAACACUGUCAGCCUUGGACUUCGAUGCAGGAAGCAUUGUCAGCUAUCGCAUGGUACAUCCAGAUGAUAACUCCUGUUUUCAGUUGAAUACUGUUACUGGAGUCCUUACUCUAACCUGUGAUCUGACGCAGCAAAAGUUUUUGGAGAAGUACGUGAACGUUUCGGCUACAGACGGGCAGCAUUUCGCUGACAUCAUGUCUAUACAUAUUAAAAUUAUAAGCGAAUCUCGCAGUCAUCCAAUAGGAGGUAUUCAAGGGCUGAGACUGGCUAAUAAAGAUGCUCUCGUAGAAUGCCGAGACAUGGAUGUUAUCGACAGAAUGAAGAAACAGAUGGAACUUGGAAAAAGAAAUAACAAACAACAAGACGAAAAUGACGUUACAGAACCCACACCUGUCAGGUAUGUAGAGAAUCUACAUGCCCCCCAGUUUUCAAAAGGGUUACCUACUGAGAUAGAAGUGGAUGAGGGCGUACCUUUAGGUACUAAUGUCGUGACGUUAACUGCAGAAGAUGGCGACCAUGGAUAUAAUGGAAAAUUAGUAUACGUUAUUUCAAACGGAAACGAAGACAGCUGUUUUAAAAUUGACAUGCAUUCAGGAAAUCUUGAGGUAAUCGGGGAUAUAGACAGGGAAAGAAGGUCAAAAUACGUAUUAAACGUUACGGUUUUUGAUCUCGGUCAACCUCCAAAAACGACUUCUAGGACGCUAGUUAUUUAUGUACAAGAUGUUAACGACAAUGUUCCAGUGUUUGAGAAAGCUUCGUAUGAUUUUUAUAUCAUGGAAAAUUCCAGAAACGGUACCAGCAUUGUUCGGCUUCGUGCCUCAGAUAAGGACAAAGGCUUAAAUGCCAAACUUCAUUUUUCAUUGGUCACAGAUACUCAAGACUUCCAUAUUGAUCCUGAUAGUGGACUCCUGACUGUAAACGGAACACUUGACAGAGAAAAUGUUGAACAUUAUCGCCUCAAAGUACGCGUGUUUGACUCGGGAAUUAAUCAACCGCUGUCAUCUACUGCUGUGGUUAACAUUUGGGUGUUGGACGUGAAUGAUAAUUAUCCAAAGUUCAGUCGACGACAGUAUAUGGCCAAGAUUAGAGAGGAUCAGCCAGUUGGGUCCGUAAUCAUGAUUCUUUCAGCACAUGAUUCUGAUCUGGACGCUGGCGGAAAGGUACAUUAUGAAUUAGAAGGCAACGUCACUAGCAUUUUUCAAAUUGAUCCAGAAAUGGGCGUAGUUAGAUUAGCAGGAAUGUUGGAUUUCGAGAGCCGACCAAUUUUUAAUUUGACAGUCAUCGCACGUGACAAGGGAGAUCCCCCGUUGUCAUCUAGUGUUUCAUUACUUAUUGAGGUAGAAGACGUCAAUGAAAACGAACAUGCGCCAAUGUUUCCACGUUUUGCGGAAGAAGGAAAGGUACGAGAGAACCAACCAGAAGGAACCUUUGUGAUGCAACUGAGUGCUCAAGACGAAGAUCCAGAAGGGUUAAACAGCAAAGUUACCUACUUUAUUAAAGGGGAUGAUGGGAUGGGCAUGUUCUCAAUUGACGAUAAUGGUAUCAUACGAACUCGUGCCCCCCUAGACUAUGAAAGCACUUCAAACUACUGGCUGUCUGUAUACGCCAAAGACUGGGGAACAGUGCCCCUUUAUGGCCGAGUUGAUGUCUAUAUUGAAGUAUUAAACGAAAAUGAUAACACCCCACUAACCAAUGAGCCUGCCUACUAUCCCACGGUUGUGGAAAACGCCAAGCCCGGAACUUUUGUGGUCAAGUUGGACUCAUUUGACCGGGAUUCUCCAACAGCAGAAGAUGUACGUUACCAGCUCAUCAGUGGUGAUCCUCAAGGAUUCUUUUCCAUCAACGAAAAAACAGGUAUUAUUAACACGACCACCCGUCGCUUGGACCGGGAAAGCCAAUCAGAGCAUGUGCUUGAGGUCAAAGUUAGUGAUUCAGGUGUGCCCUCCUUGUCGUCCACAACCCGCGUGGUAGUGACUGUAGAAGACAUAAAUGACCAUGAACCAAGAUUCACAGAAUCACUAUAUCGAUGUCCUGUUCUGGCAUCCAGCAAGAUGAUUGGAAAGCUUCUUUGUCGGGUCAUUGCAAUUGAUCAUGAUGAGGGACCUAAUGGUGUUCUAGAGUACAGUAUACUGAAAUCAAGCACUGAGGAUUAUUUUUAUAUUAAUCCAAAAACUGGAGUUAUUACAUCUGAUAAAAUCCUCAAGACUAGUGCAGAAUAUGAACUUAUUGUACAGGCUAGUGAUCACGGUGAACCAAAACACACUGUAACAGUACGUGUUCUUAUUGAAGCUUUUGAAGGGCCUAAGAAGUCUCGGUACUCUCCUGUUAUUAAGAAAUCAGAAUCAUACAAUGUAGUUACUGCAAGUGAUCCAGUGCAACAGAUGGUUAUGUUAAUUGAAGCAGAGGAUAAAGAUGGAGACAGACUAUGGUUUUCAAUUGUUGGUGGUAAUAAAGAUGAAAAAUUUAUGAUGAAAAAUGAUGGUGGUGCAGUUCUUCUAGCAGAGCCAGUAGAUGGUGAAGUGUGCAGUCAGUAUGACUUAAACAUCAGUGUUACAGAUGGAAUCUAUACUGUAUACACAGUGAGGAAAGUGGAUGUGAAAGAUAUAAACGACCAUAGACCAGUUUUUACCAAGUUCAAGUAUACAGUAACUGUUAAUGAAAGUGUUACCCAAGGGAUGGAAAUUUUACAUGUGUCAGCAAAAGACCAUGACAAAGAAGAACAACUUUUUUACUCCAUUUAUAAUAGUGCCAGUCCACCAAGCCUUGAAUAUUUUCAUAUGGAUCCAAAUAAAGGCAUACUGUCUGUUGUUAAGGCCCUUGACCAUGAAGUAUGUCCUCAGCAUAUUCUAACCAUUAUGGUCAAGGAUCGAGGAACUCCAGCUAAACGUAACUUUGCCCGAGUGCAAGUUGAUGUUCUGGAUCAUAAUGAUUAUGCACCAGAGUUCCUGUCCACACAGUUUGAAGGCCAGGUGCAUGAGACAGCUGCUGUUGGUACUUCUGUAGUGCAAGUGUUUGCUGUAGAUCGGGACGAGGGUAAAAAUGCACAAAUCAACUUUGCUAUUGUCAAAGGGAAUGAAGGAAAUAGUUUUUCCAUGGACUCCAAAAUUGGUAUUAUUUCAGUAGCCAAGGAGCUCAGUCGAAAAGUUAUGCGAGAAUAUUAUCUCACCAUCAAAGCAACUGAUGGGGGGACUGUUCCCAAAGUCAGCACUGCUACUGUCCAUAUCAUUCUGACAGUACCUGAUAAUUCUGCUCCAAAGUUUGAAAGACCGGAGUAUGUUACAGAAAUGUUUGAAAAUGAAAAACCUGGUGCUGUUGUCACAACAGUGGUAGCUUUCAGUCAAUCCACUGUGUAUUAUGAAAUAGUUUCUGGAAACAAAGAAGCAAAAUUCACUAUUAAUCCUCAUUCAGGUGAACUUUGUACAGUAACAGAGUUGGAUUAUGAAGAAACAAAACUGUACAAUCUAACUAUUAAUGCAACAAAUCUAAUUAAUAUGAAUGCUAGUACUGUAGUAACAAUACAUGUACUUGACAGAAAUGAUAAUGCUCCAAAAUUCCUCAGGUCAACCUAUUAUGGAGAAAUAAGCGAAUCAGCACAGAUUGGAACCUUAAUUUUGACCAAUAAAAGUGUCCCCCUUGUAGUCAGUGCUGUGGAUGAAGACUCUGGUUUAAACUCAUACUUGGUGUAUGAGAUUGUAGAGAAAUUGGCACAAAGCUAUUUCCAGAUAGAUUCUAGCACAGGUUCCUUACACAUAAUUAAGGCCUUGGAUCAUGAGAAAAUACCAUCGUUCCAUUUCAGUGUCCAGGUUUCAGAUAAGGGUAGGCCUCAGCUUAGUGCUGAAAGAACUGCUGAAGUUUUUAUCCAGAUUCUGGAUGUAAAUGAUUGUUCUCCUCAGUUUGAAAAAGAAAUGUAUGAAUUUACCUUGCUUUUGCCAACAUACAAAGGUGUGGCUGUAACUUCUGUCAAAGCUUUUGAUCUUGAUUCUGAUGCUCAAACUGUGAUUAAAUAUGCCAUUGUUUCUGGUAAUCGGGGUGCUAAGUUUUUCAUCAAUGAGAUCACAGGUCAAAUCUCUGUAAGAGACCCAGUUGAUUUGGAAGACAAGUACAAAAUGAUUGUAGCAGCAAAAGAUGGGGUGUUUGAAAAUAGCACUAAAGUUGAAAUCAGUGUGGAGAAGGCUAAGAUCAGUGGGUUAAGAUUUUCUGAAAAUGUUUACAGGGCUUCAAUUGUGGAAAACACAACAGAUAUAUUGAGAGUUACUAUUGUCACUGUUAUAGGAAGUGGCCUAAAUGAGCAUGUGACUUUUAGCAUCCUGAAUCCUUCUGGCAUGUUUAAAAUUGGGAAGACAUCUGGAGUGAUAGAAACAAUGGGCAGACCUUUUGAUCGGGAGACAGAUAACCAUUAUACACUUGUUGUAGAAGCACGCAGUGUAGCUACUGGCAUUCCUCGUGUAGCCCAUGUGCUUGUAGAAAUAACCAUUUUAGACAUAAAUGACAAUGCCCCAAUCUUUGUUAACCUUCCAUAUUAUUCUGUGGUACCUAUUGAAGCUCAACCUGGGGAUUUAAUUCGCAAGGUGCAAGCCAUUGACUUGGACAUGGGCUUGAAUGGAUACAUACAUUAUGAGCUUGUAAAGGGAGAAAAAGACUUGUUUAGCAUUGACAGUAGGUCUGGGGAAGUUCGGCUACAGCAUCAUUUAAAACCCCAAAUAGCUGCAUACAAUGUUGUUGUUGCAGCAUAUGAUAAUGGGAAUGUCUCUCUGCAUAGUGAGGUAGCUGUGCCAAUUAAAGUCAUCAAUAAAAACAUGCCAACAUUUGAUAAACAGUUCUACAAAGUUUCUGUUCCUGAAAAUGUACGACCUAGAUCACCAAUUUUGUCUGUUGCUGCCGAAAGUCCCCAAGGUCGCCAGCUGAUAUACAGUAUUGUUAAGGGAAAUAUUGAUGAAGAAUUUGGAGUUGAUUUCAACACGGACCCAGGGCAUAAUAAUGGUCCAUGUGUAAUUUUUGUGGUGGAAGAGCUUGACUUUGAGUCCCGUCAACAACACCACAUUACCCUGCGAGCCACCGAUUCUGUGUCUGGAGAUUAUGCAGAUGUCUUAGUUGACAUCCAUGUAGAAGAUGUAAAUGACAAUGCUCCUAUGUUUAGUCAGCCAGUUUACAAUGGGUCAGUUUCUGAAGCUACACCAUUUGGAACAUCCAUCAUGAAGGUUCAUGCCACUGACAGGGACACAGGGCCUAACCAGGAUGUUCAGUACAGCAUCCUAGGAAAUGCAACAGCUUAUUUUCACAUAGAUCCUGCUGAUGGUAUAGUCUUCAUCAAACAUUCUUUAGAUCAUGAAACUCAGCCUAUGCAUCAUUUUGUUGUCAUGGCAACAGAUGGGGGAUCUCCAUCUUUAAGCUCCACAGCAAAUGUUUGGGUCAUAGUUUCAGAUAUGAACGACAACCCUCCAUCUUUUGGAUAUUCAUCUUAUAGGUGUGUUCUUAGCGAGCAUGCUGAACGUGGACAGUUUGUUACUAUGGUUAUGGCAUCUGAUCUUGACAUCACAGACCAACCAAAACUGACCUACUCUAUUGUAGAUGGUAAUGAAAAUCAAGCCUUUGUUAUUAACAGCACUACAGGUGUUGUUUCCUUAUUUAAUGCCCACCAGCUCUUGAAACAGUCCACUUACAACUUGAAUAUCUCAGUUACUGAUGGUGUCUACUCCAGUUACACUCGAGCUUUGAUUGACAUAGUGAGUGCUAACAAGCAUACACCUGUGUUUAGUCGCACAAAGUAUGAAGUUGCCUUGCAGGAAAAUUUACCUCCAGGCACCAAAGCAGCAACUGUUAGUGCCACAGAUAAAGACAGGGGAAGUUAUGGAAUUGUUCGUUAUUAUAUACACAGUGAAGAAUGUAUGAAAUUAUUCAGCAUAAACCAUAGUUCAGGUGAGAUCUACACCAAAACAUCAUUAGACAGAGAGAAGAAACAGUUAUAUGAGAUUCCCAUAGUAGCUAUAGAUGAUGGAGGGCGUUCAGGCUACAGCACAGUUAGACUUACUAUCACAGAUAUCAACGACAAUGCUCCUCAGUUUUUAGUUGCAGAAUACCAAGUUAGCAUUCACUCAAAUAUGACUGUUGGCACAACCAUUUUAAAAGUGCAUGCAUUGGACUUAGAUUUAGGGGAAGCAGCAUCUUUGGAGUACAGCAUUUAUGAAAAAAACAAUUCUGAAAUUCAAAAGAUGUUUCACAUUACCCAUGACCAGGGGGAGAUUUAUCUAAAGAGUUCAGCUAAGGGACAAGAAAACAGUGUAUAUCAGUUUUUUAUCCAAGCCAAAGAUAGAGGUUUUCCACGACAGCAGACUGAAGUUCCAGUUAGUAUUCACAUUAAAAGUCCAAGUCAAGAAGCUCCACAGUUUGAGGAAUUUAACUAUGAAUUUUUCCUGAAUGAAAAAUCAGAAAUUGGUAAAAUAAUUGCAACACUAAGUAUUGUUUAUCCUGAAGAGGUUACUUAUUCUUUUGCACCAACAAAUGAAGAGUCAGAUGCUCACCUCUACUUAUCAGGCUUCAGUAUUGACAACCAAGGUCAUAUUAUGCAGGUUGCAAGUCUAGACAGAGAAGAUAGAGAAACCUAUAAUCUGACUAUUCGAGUGGAAUCUAAAUCUCAGCCCCAGCUGGCAUCAUAUACAGAUGUAAGCAUUAUUUUGAUGGACGAAAAUGAUAACAAUCCAGUGUUUGAGUCAAGUCCUUACCAUGUAACAGCUGCAGAGAAUGUUGAAGAAGGGUAUACCGUGACUAGAGUGGUAGCUUAUGACCUUGAUAUCUCUAAUAGUGCUGAAAUUGUAUUUUCAUUUGGUACUAAUGCUGAAGAUAUUACCAAGUUUUUUGACUUGGAUCCUAAUGAAGGCUGGAUUACCACUAAGGCACCCCUGGAUUAUGAAAGUGUACCAUGGUACAACUUCUCUGUGAUUGUACAUGACAAUGGCUCUCCACAGCUGUCUUCACAGACAAUGGUUUAUGUUGAUGUUAAAGACUACAAUGAUAACCCACCUGUGUUUAAACGUAGCUACUAUGAAAGCUCCAUCUUUGAAGAUGCUUUGGCAGGGACUAUUAUAAUUGUAUUAGAAGUUGAUGAUCCAGAUAGUGAUGCCAGUGAUGAUCUACAGUUUUAUAUCACCAGUGGUAAUCCACAGGAUUGCUUCCAAGUCAGUACAGUUGGUGAAAUAUAUGUGAACAAGCCUCUGGAUCGAGAACAAAUACCAAACUACAAACUAACAGUCACCGUUACUGAUGGAAGAUUUGUGUCAACUACUGCUGUUGCUGUUGAGGUUUUAGAUGCUAAUGAUAAUCCUCCUGUUUGUCAUACAUCUAAGUACACAGAACUGGUAUCAGAAAGCAUUGAACCUCAGACCUACAUCUUGACAGUGAAAGCAACAGAUAAAGAUGAAGACAGAAACUCUAAACUGUAUUACUUCCUCACUGGGGAAGGAAGUGAGGAUUUUUUUAUCAACCCAACAUCAGGUAUUUUGAAAACUGAUAAGCCACUUGACAGAGAGCACCAACCUCGAUACUUUCUUAUUGCUCAUGUGCAAGACAAAAACAAACAAGAGUGGGAAUGCACUAGUACAGUUGAAAUUUUCCUGAGUGAUGUGAAUGAUAACCCUCCAGAUUUUGCAGCUGAAGUUUACACUGUAACAAUCCCUGAAGAUUCCAAAGUUGGCACAUUAGUCACCAAAGUACAUGCUAUGGAUAAAGACUUGGGAAUAAACCGUAAAAUAACUUAUUCCUUUGUUGAUUCUGCCAAUGGUAACUUCACCAUCGAUAAUCAGACAGGAAUUGUACGCCUCCACAAACCCUUAGAUCGUGAACAAGUGGCAUUUUACAACUUGACAGUUCAGGCUAGUGACUACGGAACACCUCAGCUCUCUUCUGUUGCUACUAUUCUAGUCAGAGUACAAGAUAUAAAUGAUAAUCCACCAGAAUUUGCCCAAAAGUUCUAUCAUGCUAAUGUCUCAGAAAAAGAUGAUGUUGGCACAGAAAUUAUUCGUGUCCUUGCUACAAGUAAAGAUACUGGAGUGAAUGCAGAAAUCACAUAUUCUAUUGUCAGUGGAAAUGAUUUUAGUGUUUUUAUCAUUCACCCAAAGUCAGGAGUCAUCUCAGUAGCAAAACUAUUAGAUUAUGAAGAAGUCAAAGAAUAUUUCCUGACUAUUGAAGCCAAGGAUGGUGGAACGCCACCACUUAAUAACCAUGCCACUAUUAACAUAUCUGUUAUUGAUGCUAAUGACAAUCCCCCUGCUUUUAACCAGCCUUCUUACCGAACUGUUAUAAGAGAAGAUGCAUCUCCGGGUGAUAAAAUCAUACAGGUGAAAGCAAGUGAUAUUGACAGUUUUCCAAAUUCACGAUUAUCCUACUCCAUCAUUGGUGGUGACAAGCAUGGGCAAUUUAUUAUUGACAAAGAUAAUGGCUACAUCAUAGUGGCUUCUCAGUUGGACAGAGAAAUGAUUUCAACUUAUGUUUUGGAAGUGGAAUGUAAAGACAGUGGGACUCCUUCCUUAUCCUCUGUUGUCCUGGUUAACAUUGAAGUCUCUGAUGUCAAUGAUAAUCCUCCUGUAUUUUCACAAGCAAACUAUACAGCCAUUGUGCAGCUUGAUAAACUGGACACAUUAGAAGGAAAGCAACGAGGUUUUACUAUACUAAAGUUUUCAGUCACUGAUGCUGAUACUCUUCCAAAUACAACUCCAUUUACAUUUGACAUUAUCUCUGGAAAUGAGGAUAAAUCCUUCCGUUUAGUCCAGCAAGAUGCUUCCUUACGUACUGCGACAAUGUUCAACCAUAAGUACAAGAAUGAAUAUAUCCUCUGCAUCAGGGUUUCAGAUGGUGGGAUCCCACCACUUAGUAGUGAUACUUGGGUAACAAUCCAUAUAAUUGAAGAAAGUCAGUUUCCUCCUUUGGUGAGUUCUUUGGAAGUUGCCGUCAGUUCAUACAUGGAUGAAUUUCCUGGAGGAGUGAUGGGACGAGUUCAUGCUACCGACAGUGAUCCCUACGAUAAGCUGUUUUAUGACAUUGUAACACCUCAUAAACAUUUAUUCAAAAUUGAUCCAGAAGAUGGCACAUUAGUUGCAUAUGAAGGAUUGGAUGUAGGGAGCUAUAGAAUUAAUGUAAGUGUCAGUGAUGGGAAAUUUACCACAUAUGGAACUGCGUUAGUGGAGGUGUCUGUUGUCACAGAAGAGGCUGUUAAGAAUAGUGUUGGAAUAAGUUUGGAUGAUAUUACUCCAGAGGAUUUUUUGCUGUCUUACAGGAAAAGGUUCCUGAGGGCAGUUAGAAACAUUUUAAAUGUAGGCUUCCAAGAUAUAGAAAUCAUUAGCAUGCAACCAUCCUUAGAAGAAUCAGUUAGAAGUCGUAGAAGCAUGAGACAAGAUCUUGAUGUCUUGUUUGCAGUAAGGAAAGGGUUGCAAAGUUUUUAUCAACCAAGUAUAAUUUUAGAGAAGCUAAAAGAAGAGAAAGCAUCUUUUGAGUCAAUCAUUGGACUCCUGGUUGUAAAGGUUACUGAAGACAGGUGCACUAAAAAUUAUUGUGACCAUGGAGAAUGUGUUGACAGGAUUAUAUUAGACAAAGUGCAUGCUAUUAGCAUCACAACUGAUUCCUUGAGUUAUGUUUCUCCACAACAUUAUAGGAACUUGGAGUGUCUCUGUGAACCUGGUUAUGGUGGAAACCACUGUGAUCUUGAAGUGAAUGAAUGUGCUCGCCGACCUUGUCCACAGUAUCGCAUCUGUGUUCCAUUUGGGUCUCUACUGGGUUAUACAUGUAAAUGUCCAGAUGGGAAAACAGGUACCUUUUGUGACAUAGAAAGAGGAGCUCCUUGUCAAGGUCCUUCAUGCUAUGAAGAGAAACAUCCAAUUUACUUCAGCGGAAAGAGUUAUACUCAAUAUGAGCUGAACAUCCCCUUGAAUCGACACUUAAGUGUUGCUUUACAAAUCAGAACAAAAUUAGCAACUGGAAACUUGAUGUAUGCUGUUGGACUGAGAGACUAUAGCAUUUUAGAGGUAAAAGUUCUGUUUAUUCCAAACCGGUUUGACUUUGGCAGUGGUGAAGGAUUGAUUCGGGUUGAAAAUGUGAAAGUGAAUGAUGGACUGUGGCAUGAAAUAAAGCUAGAUCGGCGUGACAAUUCUGCAGAAAUAGUUGUUGACAGACAAUUUAGAAUAUCAGGAAAAGCUCCAGGUGUUCAUGAACUCCUAAACUUGGAGCGAAAUGAUAUUUUUUUUGGUGCUGAAGUGCAAAGUAUAGCUCUGGAUGAUGUAAGAAUGGGAUUCAUUGGAUGUAUGGAUGAUAUCCGUGUAGCAGGUGUUUCACUUCCACUGCAUUCAGCAGUAAGCAACUCUGUUGCAACUCUACGAAGAUUUGUUCGUGUGGAUUUCUUUUGUGGUGCUCUGGUUGAUCCAGGAGUGUGUGGAAGUCAACCUUGUCAUAAUGGUGGAACAUGCAAGGAUUUAGGAAAUAUCUUCUCCUGUCAGUGUCCACGUCGAUUCUCUGGUUCUCGGUGUGAAUAUGAUAGCAAUCCAUGUGCCUCAAAUCCUUGUCUCUAUGGAGGAAUGUGUUAUAAUGACAACAAUGACUUCCAUUGUAAGUGUACACCAGGUCUUACUGGUAAGAGGUGUAGCUAUGGUCGUUAUUGUAACCCUAAUCCUUGUCAAAAUGGUGGCAUUUGUGAAGAAGGUAUUUCUGGACCUAUUUGCAAGUGUCAUGGUUUUCAUGGAAAUGUUUGUCAGUUUGAUAUUGACGAAUGCCAAACACAUCCUUGUGCUGUGGGUUCUACAUGUAUUAACUUUCAAGGAAGCUUCCAGUGCCAUUGCCAACCAAAUAUGACAGGACCUUUAUGUACAGAAUCUCGUUAUACCACCUCUAUAACAUCAACUAGUAUGAACAUUACCAAGGAAGAAAUAAUUGGCAUUGUUGCUGUGCUUGCUUUCAUUGUCAUAACUGUCAUAAUACUUGUUUUUUGCUGUCGUUUCUAUCACCGUAAACGUCACCGGAGACCCCAGAAUAAUACCUUGCAGGAAGAUUCAGCUAAUGAAAUGAUACUUAAAAAUGCAGUAGGAAAGGACAACUUCAGCAGAAUGAGUAAAGUGAGCAACUUGGAAGUAACACCUUUUAUAAGACCAACUGUUCCUCCUCGCCCUGCUUCAUACACACCCAGUACCCAGGAAGCUUUGAAUGUCAUGAACAAUUUUGAUACAGUUCGCAGCUAUGGAAGUGCUGCUGAUGAUCUUGAGAGUAUCCCACGUUAUAGCCAUGAAUACUUACAAAACAUCAGCAAGCCAGUUGUAAGUGUUGCACCCACUCUUCCUCCUCCUCCACCAUCCAAUUCUGCAUCUGACUCUGAUUCAAUAGUCAAAGAAGGAUGGGAACAUGAGAAGGAAAAGGCAAAAGAAAUUAUAUAUGAAAACAAGAUCCAGAAUGAUCUUAAAUCUCAAAAAGUAUUGGAUCUUCCUCUACUUCCUGUGGUAGUUCCAGUUCUACCAUCUAGGGGACCCUCAAGUCUCGGGAUAUCAUCAGAGCCUAGUUCAAUGGAAGACCUCUUAGACCAGCCAGAGGAGAAGAAAGUUAAGGAUUCUAAAGAAGGUUACCACUGGGAUUGCUCUGAUUGGGCUACUAAUCAGAAACCUCUUGAUAACAUCACCGAAAUCUCUUUGAAAGAAGUUCCGGAUUCAUCCAGUGUUCAGAGUGCAGAUACUCAUAGCCAAAACAGUCAGAUAGAGUUACUCCCAAGUGAAGAUAGACACGGGCUCUUUAGAGUUCAAGGUACUGAUGAAAGUGUAGAUGUGGACUUUGCCAUAUCAGACAUUAUUGGUGGGUCAGAGUACAAUGACAGUCAAGUGGAUGAUGGUCAUCUUCAGGCCAUUUUAGAAUUAAGUGAUAUGGACUUUGUUGAUGGAGAGGAAUGUGCUUCUUCCUCACCUUUUAAGUACACCUGCCACCCUAACCAGUAUUUACCAAUUCAUGAAAAACUCUGGAACAGGCCUAGAAGUCGUAGGCCAACUACCUGUGACCAGUCGGAAGAUAUCAUAGCUUAUGGGUUUCCACCACAAGGAGGCAGAGGAUUCAUGGUUGAUGCAGCUGGAGAUCUACCUCAGAACUCUAGACUGGACUGUUUAUCAAUGUCAGCAGGAGGCUACACUUCCACUAAUGCUUCUUGUUCUGACCUAUCUGCUAAUGUAUGUGAAAUAGAAGACAGUGAAGUGAAUAGUGAUGUAGAAAUUGACUUUAGCAACAGGAAUAUAUCUAAUGGGAGAGGAAGACAAACUAUUGGAACUGUUAUCUAAUGUUAUUAUCAGUCUGUCGCUUUUUUUUGUACAGGUGAUUACCUUCAGCCUUGAUUUUCUUAUCUGUUAAGUUACAAAAAAAAAGCACAUUCUCAAAAAUUUCAUACAACAUCAAAAAAACAUGAAGAGAAAAGCUUUGCUGGGCAACCUUCCAAAAAUUUUGAGGAAGAUGCACACUGUGCCAAAAGGUAUUAAUAUUUCACUCAAAUUGGGUAGUUCAUCAAACACCAUGCUGUGAAUCACACAGGUGACAAUGGGAUUAACUAUGGUUAACUUGCUUCCAUUUUUUGUUACAGUUAUAAAAAAAAACAUGUUCAUUCUUGCUUUUAGUCUAUUAGUUAAAAGAGACUUAAGAAUUUAUAGAUAAUAGUUGUUCAGUUUUCAAUUACUGAUUUAAAAAUAAGCAUUUGUGUACAUAGUGUUAAAUAAAAUAAAAUAAAAACGAUUGGUGACAUUAAUCUUUAAGAUAUAGUUUAUAGGCUUUGUAUUUUAAUUAUUAAAGUUACAGUAAAAAAUGAAAUCAAUAAUUAUUUGAAGUUGACAAAGUAGAGUAUAGUUUAUACAUUUUAUUUAAUCUUGCAACAUUUGGUAGUGGCAUAAAUGUUUUUAUGUUACAUGCAUGUUACAUGAUUGUUGUAUUGUACCUAAAAAAAAACUAUUUUAGAAA